UUUCAACAUCUUAAUAAAUCCAAUUCAACCUUAUCUAUAGUUUCAGAGAAGACAGUGACUAAACCACCACACAAUCUCGUUACUUAUCACCUGAAAAGACACAAAAGCAUCCGAAAGCCCCGGACUCCCUUCACCACACAGCAGCUGCUGACACUAGAGAGGAAGUUCCGAACAAAACAGUACCUAUCCAUUGCUGAGCGAGCCGAGUUCUCCAGCUCCUUAAGCCUAACGGAGACGCAAGUUAAGAUCUGGUUCCAAAACAGAAGAGCGAAGGAAAAACGACUGAAGGAAGCCGAGCUGGAGAAGCUUCGAAUGUCAGUUAAGCCGUUGCUUCCUUCAACUAUUUCCUUAGGUUUCCAUACAGCAACUUCUUCUCUGUUAACUCCUUUCCAUUUCCAUGCUGAACCCUACAGGAGGUUACCACCCUUGUCUCUUCCCAUUCAGAUGGGUGCAAUGUACACUAUACCCAACCAACAGCUAGCAGAGCUUACAGUAUGCUCUAGGUAACGUAAUAUAUCUUGAUAUAGAUAUAUUAGAAGAUGACCAGAGAUCAGAAUGUCUGCCAGGUAAAUUUUACAGAUGUGACUUUAAACAUACAAGUGGUUAGAUAAGAAUUAUCUUCAUUUUUUUUUCAUGAGUGACAAAUAAAAAAUCCUCAGGAGAUAGAUUGGGAUCCAUUCAUCUUACUCAUUUUAUCUGGAUAAAAUGAUUAUUGAAACGUU